UCGCCGUCUUUGAUCAGGCCGAUGACUAUGGUGUCAUCUGCUAACUUCAGGAAUUUCAAAGAAGCGUAUUAGCCACAUACUCAAAUUAACAAAUUAAUACACUACUGUAUGACCAUCAUCAAAAAUGUUAGGAAGCUUUUACUUUGUAAAAAAGAAACCGGAAGUUUUAUUUUAGAAUUAACGUCAACUUGAAAUGUGGUAAGAUCAACCAGACGGUGAUGGAAAAUGUAGAGAAAGGAGUGAUGUAAAGAAAAGGACAGGGGAGCGAGAAGGGAAGAGCGAGACAGCCUGAAUCGUCUUUGAAUGUGGCUCCGAAAAGAAAUGGAAAGUUAAGACUUGUUAGUUGGAAACACGUUUGUUGAAUGCUUGAAUCGGGGACAAACGCCUCUGACUCCUACGCAUAUUGAGCGGCAUCCUAUUUUGGCUGCCUCUGGGAAACACGGUGCGGCUCAAGACAAACGGACCUUGACUGUGACAUUCUCUCGGAUGACUUAAGUUGCACUGCACCUAAUCUCUUCAUGAGGUUGAUCAUGAUGACGUAUCCUUUACUCUCCCUAUUGGUCCUCAGCUCCCUUACAGUCAAGGCUUUUGGUGGAGAUGUGUGUGUCUCUGGUCAUGAUAGUGGGCCAGUCUUUGAAGAACAGCCAAACAAUAUAAUUUAUCCAGAAGGCCUGAGUGAAGGGAAGGUGGUUCUCAACUGUCAAGCAAGGGCAAGUCCUGCUGCUUCCUACAGGUGGUUGGUGAAUGGCACUGAGGUCCAGCUGGGUUUGGAUGUCCGUUACAGUCUGGUUGCUGGCAAUUUGGUGAUCAGCAGACCUGAAUCUAGUCAUGACACAGGCUCUUAUCAGUGUCUGGCCAUCAAUCGCUGUGGAACAAUCAUCAGCAAAUCAGCUAACCUAAAAUUUGGCUACCUUCACGACUUCCCUCCAGACAGCAGAAAUCCUCAAACAGCUUAUGAAGGAAUUGGAACAUUCCUAGCAUGCCAGCCUCCUCCACAUUAUCCAGCUCUAUCCUAUCGGUGGCUCCUCAAUGAGUUUCCUAACUUCAUCAACAAAGAUGAUGGCCGCUGGUUUGUAUCCCAGGUAACGGGUAAUCUCUACAUUGCCAAAUCAGAGCCCAACGACACUGGAAACUACUUCUGCUUCACUACAAUCAACAUGGACAUCAGCACGAAGAGUACCUUCAGCAAAGCUAAUCCAGUCAUUGUGCUGCCUGAAGCCAAUCCAAAGAAGUCAGCUCCAAGCAUCAAAGUGCGCUUUCCAGCGGAGACCUAUGCCCUUGCCGGAUACACUGCCCAGUUAGAGUGCUUUGCCUUUGGAAAUCCUGUCCCAAAACUGAGAUGGAAAAAGGUGGAUGGACUAAUGCCGUCCAAGGCAGGUUCCAGUGCUGAGAGUCCCACUCUCAUCAUACCAAACCUUUCCUUUGAUGACGAAGGUGUCUACGAAUGUGAAGCCCACAAUUCUGAGGGAGUUGACCUGUACCAGGGCCGCAUUAGUGUACAAGCUCAGCCAGACUGGUUGCAGGUGAUGAGUGACUCUGAAGUUGAGAUUAGUUCAGAGCUAUACUGGAGUUGUGUAGCUGCUGGUAAACCAAGACCUACCAUUCAUUGGCUUCGUAACGGACAGCUACUCACUACACAGGACAGAGUAGAAGUAAAUGGAGCUCAUCUCAAGAUCAGCAGCCUAGCCCUGGAAGAUUCUGGAAUGUACCAGUGUGUUGCUGAGAACAAGCAUGGAACAAUUUACUCUUCUGCUGAGCUGCGAGUCCAAGUUCAGGCUCCAGACUUCAGGAUUAACCCUGUACGGAAACUGAUCCCUGCAGCCAGAGGAGGACAAGUGAUAAUUGAGUGUCGACCACGAGCAGCCCCUAAGCCCAGCCUGUUCUGGAGUCGUGGGACUGAGUUGCUCAUCAACAGUAGCAGGGUGACUGUGACUCGAGAUGGCCUCUUAUGGAUCACUAAUAUCAGCAGGGCAGAUGAAGGAAAAUACACUUGCUUUGCUGAGAAUUACCUCGGCAAAGCUAACAGCACAGGACACCUGUCUGUCAGAGAUGCCACCAAGAUCACACUGGCUCCCUCCAAUGCUGACAUCAAUCAGGGUGAGAAUGUGACCCUGCAGUGUCAUGCAUCACACGAUCCCACCAUGGACCUGACCUUCACCUGGGCCCUGAAUGGAGUUCUGCUGGACCUGGAGGACUCUUCAGGGCCGUACCAUCGAGUAGAGAGGGAAACUGGCGUGACCGGACAAAACCCACGGAGGCUGGGAGAACAUUCAAACACCACACAGAGGGAAACCAUUGGAGACCUGUCUAUUGUGAAUGCUCAGCUGAGUCAGGCGGGCAUUUAUACCUGUACAGCUCAAACUGUGGUGGACAGUGCCUCAGUUGCAGCGAAACUGGUGGUGCGAGGGCCCCCAGGACCGCCUGGUGGUUUACUGGUAAGAAAUGUUGCAGAGACAUCAGUGGAGCUAAAGUGGAGUCAUGGUUAUGACAACCACAGUCCAAUCGGGAAUUAUGUGAUCAUGGGCCGAUCUUCUCUAUCAGUGAAGUGGAAGCAGAUGAGGACCGAGCCAGUGAAUAUUGAGGGGAAUGCAGAGUCUGCACGUGUGAUUGGGCUGAUUCCCUGGAUGGAUUAUGAAUUCCAGGUCAUCGCCAGCAACAUCCUGGGCAGUGGAGAACCCAGCAUGCCGUCACAUCCCAUCCUCACAGAACAAUUACCUCCCUCAGUGGCUCCCAGUGCACUUGGUGGUGGAGGGGGGGAUCGCAAUGAGCUCACUGUAACAUGGACGCCCAUGGCCAGAGAAUACCAGAACGGUGAUGGCUUUGGCUACAUCCUGGCAUUCAGAAAGAAAGACACAUCAUCAUGGAAAGAAGCGCACAUACCUUUAGUGGAGUCUUCCCGAUAUGUGUACUACAAUGACACCCUGAAUCCAUACAGCCCCUUUGAGGUGAAAAUCAAAGCCUAUAACCGAAAGGGAGAAGGUCCGUUCAGUCAGAUUACUAUCGUCCACUCUGCUGAAGAAGAGCCAACAGUUGGACCAUUAAGCAUAAAUGUCACUGCACUGACAGCUUUUGAGGUGCAAGUAUCGUGGGAGGCUGUCCUGCAACCUAAUACCAAUGGCAUUCUGAGAGGAUAUGAGAUUCGAUUCUGGCGACAGCAUGAACGGGAAGCAGCAGCAGACAGAGUGCGAACAGCAGGACUAGAAACAACAGCCAGGGUCUCUGGACUUCAUCCUAGCACUCGAUAUCAUGUUGCAGUUCUUGCAUAUAACAGCGCAGGCACUGGCCCACCAUCACCACGAUCCACUGUCACCACGAGGAAACCACCUCCGAAUCGCCCUCCUGGUAAUGUAUCAUGGAGGACUGAUGGCUCAUUGUUAAUUGUGCGAUGGGACCACAUGAAGGCUAUGCACAAUGAGUCAGCAAUCUUGGGCUACAAAGUUCUGUACAAGCAUGAGGGUCAACCAGUUUUGAAGGUCCUGGACAUAACUAAGACAUCAGUGAAGCUGCCGCUGCCCAAAGACAAUGGAUAUGUUGUAUUGGAAGUGCGAUCUUGGGGUGAAGGUGGGGAUGGACCUGCGCACGAGAUUAUUGUCUCACAGGAUUUAGGAACCAGCAUGAUGGUCCAGAACAAGACAACUGUCUACAGUCAUUCGCUAAAUCUGAUCAUGGUCUUGUUUAUUCUCAAAAUGGUGUCAGGACUGUGAUUUCAGUCAACUUUUUAUCUUACUAACUUGAAUGUGUUGGGUGUUUCAACUUGUUUUGGGUAGGAAUGGGUUAAAAAAAAAAAGCACCUAUUUGUUAGAAAUGCCUGUAUGUGUAUUUAGAGGCAGAGGAAUCCUGGACAGUUUGAUUGUGUAGUCAUGCACUGGAGUCAUCAAUAUUUGUAAGAGAAUACUCUAAUCUUACAUGUUACAUGUCUCAAACACAGAGUAGGAUAGUGACAAGACAUUUUACUAUUGCCUUCAUACAUAUUCAUGCAUUUAUAGACCACUAUGAUCGAUGUCUUGAUGUGGUUGAAGAUUUUCAGCAUUAAAUUAGCAAGUUCCACAUACUUACAGUAUAGCAUUUAGGAACUAACACUAUUUUACUCCGAAUGUGGCAAUUCCACUAACAGGGGCUCAAAAGUACUGUAUUUUUUAUCAUUUUAGAUGUAACCAAGAUAUUAUUAUUUCAUUAAAAUCAGUAGCAGACAACAAUGACAUUGAAAAGAAUUAAUGUACGGUUUGGGUGUACAGUACUACAUAAAGUUAAACAUAGCCAAGACAAACGACAGAUGAUGUUGUACUUAGUCACUCUGCGGUAAUGAUUUUUGGCUAUUCGGUAGUCAUUUCAGCUCGUCUUGAAACUGAAAAGUCAAGUCAAGUAAAAUACAGCCAUUGUGAAGGCCAGAUUCUAGCUCCUGCUAAUCACUGUGCCCUUGUCUUUGAUUUGGCUGUUAUCUUACCUUAUGCCAGCCAUCAAAUCCAUUUCCGAUAGCACUUAUCACCAGUCAGUCGCACGGCAUGUAUAGAGACAGAAAACAGUUCUCACUCACAUUAACUAAGAGGAAACAGAACCAUUGCUCCCUGCACUGAAGCAAGGGAAAUAUACAGUGCCAUGACAAAGUAUUUAUCCCCUCCUGCUUUCAGUUUUUUUUAAUCACGCAGAAAGGUUUCAAAUUAUCAAACCAUUUUUAAUACCACUCAAGGAGAUACAGAAUUGAGUUUUGAAAUGACAAUUCAAUUUAUUAAGACACAAAAAAGUCCAAACUUUUCUGACCCUCUGUGAAAAUGUAAUUGCCCCAUGACCCUAAUAGGUUGUUCCUUCCUUGGCAGCAAUAAUUGAAAUCAAGCAUUUCUGAUAAUUGGUGAUGUGUCUUUCACAUCGUUCUGGAGGAUUUGUGUCCCACUCUUCCUUGCAGAAUUAUUUCAACACCGCGAUAUUCGAGGGUUUUCUAGCAUGAACUGCACAUUUAAGGUCAGACCACAGAAUCUCAAUUGGAUUUUAAUCUGGACUUUGACUUAGCCACUCCAAAACCUUUAUAUAUAUAUGUUGUUUGUUUCAGAUGGUUUUUUGUCCUUCUGUGUGAUCCAAGAGCAUUUGAGUUUGAGAGCACAAACUGAUGGCUGGACGUUCUCCUUUGGGAUUUUCUGGUAAACAGUAUAAUUCAUUGUUCCAUCAUUCUACAAACCAGACCAUCGCACUGCCACCAGCAUCCUUCCCUGUUGGCAUAAUGUUCUUUUUAUCAAAUGCUGUGCCAUUUUCACACCAGAUGUAAUGGGCCGCAGACAUUCCAAAAAAGUCAAAUUUUUGACACGUCAGUCCACUGAAUGUUUCUCCAAAAGUUUUGAAAAUCAUCAAGAUUUUUUGGGCAAAUGUGAGAUGAGCUUUUGUUCUCUUUGUUGACAGCAGGGUUUUUUGUCUUGGAAGUCCCCCAUGGGUGCAAUUUUUGGCCAGUGUCUUAUAGUAGAGUCAUGAACACUAACCUUAACUGCGCCCACCGAGGCCUGCAGGUCUUUAGACGGUGUCCGAGGUUUUUUUGUGACCUCCUGGAUGAGUCGUCGUUAUACUCGGAGUUAUUUUAGGUGCCAUCCAUUCCAUUAUGGGAAAGCUUGACACCGUUCCCAGUUUUCUCCAUUUGUGGAUAAUGGCUCUGACAGUGGUUCACUGGAGCCACAAAGCCUUGGAAAUGGAUUUGUAACCUUUUCCAGACUCACCGUUCCCAAAUUUGUAGUUAGUCACAGUAACUUUGUGAUGUAACAAGGCGGGUGGAGGGGGCAAUUACCUUUUCACAGAGGGUGAGAAAGAUUUUUUUUUUGUGCCUUAAUAAAUUAAAUUCUCAUUUGAAAACUGCAUUUGGUAUUUCCUUGCGUUGUCUCUGACUGAUAUUAAAAUUGUUUUGAUCAUUUUAAACCUUUGUGUACGAUAGAUAUGCCCAAAAAAAACAACUGAAAUCAGGAGGCGACAAAUACCUUUUCACAACACUAUUCCAAUACAAUAUCAGUGACUUGGAAUCAUACAUGCUGUCUGAAAUGUAAUACUGUACGUCACUUUUCAGUUGAAAAGUUUCUAUUAUUUUUAUGCAUUUGUUAAUAUUUUAUUUAUUUAUAAAAUAAAUUAAUGCAUUAUUAAUGUAUUUAUUUAUUAUAUUUAUAUAUUUUCAAGGGAGUUGUACAAAAGAACACAUUGCUUUCUUGUAAAUGUACCUGCUUGAUAAUAAUUAUGAUAACUCUUAAAAUGCCACUGUAAUGUGUUUUACUUUAUUAAAGCUGCUUUUAUGCUGAUAGGAUGGUUUACAGUUUCUGACACCAAUAAAAGGG